AUGUACAUCGCAGUUGAACCAGCGGGCCUCAUGAUGAACACCAUAAAGCUCGUGUUCGAUCCCACGGAUCCUGCCGCCGAGGAUCAGGAAGUACGCGACUACCUCAGCCAGCACGAACUUGAACCGCGCUAUCACUGGUUUGCAGAGAUCGAGGGACUGGAAGGCCGCGAGUGCGAGAUUAUGCAGUUUGGCGGGUGUUAUCUCGGACGCAACCUCCAGAAUAUCGGGGUCAUCCAGCGUCGGGUCGUGGAAACCGAGCUGCUCACCGCCGAGAUUGGACGCCAGAUCGAUAGCGGCGCGCUGACCGCCCUGGCCCAUGCCAUCGAGAGCGAACGGAACGUUGCCAUCGCCGCGCUGAUCGACGAGUUCAGACAGGAAGAAAACUUCGGUCAGGACGAAUUCGGCGAACUGAUUGCCACCCUCGACGCCGCGGCCGUGCAGCAAGCGGCCGUCCGCGCCCUCGCUACCGUGCGCCAGCAGGUUGCCGCCAGCGCGUCGCAGCCCCUGUGCCGGUUCGAAGAAUAAAAAAGCGCCCGAUCGGACGCGUUGUGGAGCGGGCGAUGGGGAUCGAACCCACGUAACUAGCUUGGAAGGCUAGAGCUUUACCACUAAGCUACGCCCGCGCAGGUCAAUAUUAUAGCGCAUGACCGCCCCCUGUCAUCGCGCGAAACAUACCCCCGUUCGUCCUAA